UUUGAUCGGGCGAGCGUGUGCACCCUGGAGAAGCCGUGGAAAUGUGGGGACUGCGCGAAGGGGUUCCAGUGGCCGUCGGAGCUGGAGAUCCACCGCCGCAGUCACACCGGGGAGAGGCCGUUCACCUGCUUCGUGUGCGAGAAGGGAUUCACGAAAUCGUCCCACCUGAAGUCCCACCAGCGGGUCCACACCGGGGAGAGGCCGUACGUCUGCUCCGAGUGCGGGAAGGGAUUCACUAAGUCGUCGAACCUGAAAUCCCACCGGCGGGUCCACACCGGGGAGAGGCCGUUCUCCUGCUCCCAGUGCGGGAUGGGAUUCACUCUGCUGUGCAACCUGCUGUCCCACGGGCGGGUCCACACCGGCGAGCGGCCGUUCACCUGCACCGUCUGCGGCAAGGGCUUCACCCAGUCGUCCACCCUGCUGAGGCACCAGCGGGUCCACACCGGCGAGCGGCCCUUCGUCUGCUCCGAGUGCGGCAAGGGCUUCACUCGGUCGUCCAACCUGCUGGCCCACCAGCGGGUCCACACCGGCGAGCGGCCCUUCGUCUGCUCCGAGUGCGGCAAGGGCUUCGGCGACUCGUCCACCCUGAGACACCACCAGGCAGUCCACACCGGGGAGUGGCCGUUCACCUGCUCUCAGUGCGGGAAGGGCUUCACCCAGUCCUCCCACCUGCUGACCCACCGGCGGGUCCACACCGGGGAGAGGCCCUUCAGCUGCUCGGUGUGCGGGAAGGCCUUCGCUCAGUCCUCCACCCUCCUGACGCACCGACGUGUCCACACUGGCCAGAGAGGCCACUCGUCUGCUUCGGCUGCGGGAAGAGAUUCACUGGGACCGUUCGCCUGCUGAAACACCAGUCAGUUCACCUGCUCCUAGUGGGGGAGGAGAGUCACCCUCAGAUGCAACCUGCUGAGACCUAGACAGGACGGUUAGACUGGCGUUCAGCACACUCGCGCCCCUUCAUGGCGAACACCUUUUGAGUAUCGGAGGCAGGGUGUCCUGUCGAGGUCGUGCAGGACGUUGGUGAGGCCACUUCUGGGAUACUGCGUCCAAUUUUGGUAGCCCUGUUACAGGGGCAGCACGGUGGCUCAGUGGUUAGCGCCGCUGCCUAGCAGCGCCAGGGACCCAGGUUCGAUUCUGGCCUCU